CGUGCUAUCUACCGCUCGGCAAGUAAAUAAACUUGUAUUCGCGGCCAGUGAAAAAAAAACUUGCAUUCGUUGACGGUGGAACUCUCGUGACGUCGCCAUUUAGACAACCCACCGGUAAUUGUUUUCACUUUAUGUUUCUAUAUGGGAAAAAAUCUUUUAAAAAAUCAGGGAAAAUAAUUCAUGAAAAAUAUUUGACAGGGAUUAAAAAGAACAUUACAACUAUCAUCAGCUGAGUCCAAAAAUAAGGUACAUACAGAGUAUUUUCUGAUUUCUUUUUUUCAAUCUUCAAACUGGAUUACCCUCAAAACCACGUGUUUUCAAUGUGUUUAUCCUCCGUUCAUCCUUGGAAGUAGCCAUCUUCAUUAGUACUUUGUAUGGACUUAGUCAGACAAAUAUGGAUUCCAUAGAAAUGGAAAGUUUAUUACAAGAAGGCGAGGGGUUUUGUGACCACAGUGACCUAAAAAUAGAAAAUAACAUCAGUGCAAGUUGUGAAUCAAUUUCAGGAAGAAAGUAUUUUAGGGAUCUUUCACCAGAUAAGGAUUUCCAUUUAUAUGUGUGUUACUGUGAGGAAGACUAUGUUGAAGUUAAGCCGAUAUGUGUCCGGUUAGAAGAAGCCUUUGGACUUAAAUGCAUGAUUUUUAAGCGCGAUUUUCCACAAGCAGGAUUAAUUGAGGAUAUGUGUAAGAAUGCGUUGGAAAAAUGCGAAAAAGUUCUGAUAUUUCUGAGUCCAAACUCCAGGAACAGUUAUUGGUGUUCCCUUGAAAUAAGGCAUGCUUGUAUGAAUACAUUUACUAACUUGGACGAUUUCAACAUCAUCCUUGUUGAAUUGUAUCCAGUAGAAAAGCCAGCUUGUUUGCAAGGUAUUAAACACAUUAACCCUACAGAAACAGAGGACGUUGCAGCCAGUAUUCAUGAAGCUUUUUACCACCCAGAAAUCACAAAUGAACUUAAAGAAAUUAAUAGGAAAGUUUUAGCAGAGAAGAGAUUGAGGGAAAACGGAACCGUCGUAUUUUCGGAAGCAAUGCAACCAAAACAGGGAAAAUUGAUUAUUGGAUGGAGAAGUUUUGCUCCAGUAAUGGAAUACCAUGAAUUCUUACGAUUGCGACGUAAACAUCAUCUAGGGUUAGAGUUGAUGAAUCAGUACAAUGCAGUGUGUGAAGUGUUGAAUUCACACCUGCUUUUACGAUUUUAUCCGGUUCUGCAGGGAACAUGGUACCCAUGGUUUGCCUCCUUAAACGUUAGCCUCCUUGUGCUCUUUCUCUUUCUUGGGAGUGUCUUUCUAUCGGUGGCUAUUCAUAAAAAGAAUAACGUCAUUGGCUCAACUUAUGCUUGCGGUGUGAUAGUUUCACUUUCACUUUUCCCUAUCACCAGAAUCAUUCUGUGGAUAUCCAAAAUAAAGAAAUAUCUAUGCGAGCUUUUGAAAAUGAGAAAUCCGGACAUAACUGAUGAGGAAAACCAAACAGAGGCUGGGAGUAAAAUAGAAAAUCUUUUACACAAGGUGUUCUUUCAAGGAGAAAUUCAUAAACUUGAAACGUGUUUAGAACUCCGCAAUACUAACCGUCACAAUACUGUUGGAUUUUCAAGGUGCCUUUGUCAGCGUUUGGAAAGAGACAUCAUACCGCCUUUGAUUAGAAUUAAAGCGUGAGGAAAAAUAAUAAGUUAGUUUACGAAAUAAUGAUUUGAUAU